AUGUUGGCUGGGAGCUUAGCAGUGUCACAAAUAAGUACAUCUAUGGCCACCUGGAGUACGCUCAUUGCUCUGCUGUCGGUACAUUUAGCGACGAACUAUGCUGCGGUGAAAUCUGUCAGCAUGCGCAGCCUGAACAGGCAAAGGGCUAACGUAGUGCUGAGUAGCCUUCUGCAGGACGGUCGAAUCCUGUCGCCAGCCGAAGUCUCCGCCAGGGAACGGAUUUUCGAGCGUGACGGAGCACUACGUUGGACUGAUGGUAGCCUAGUCGGUCACUGCAAGAUCGGUGUGCCACUGGAUGAUUUGCUCAACUGUAUGGGGCACCACCACAAACGGUCAGGCGCGCUAGACCUGCAGUAUCUCAACCUCUCCGAUCUGGUACGACUCUAUCAAGACGAGGCAUAUUUGCUCUGGUGUCGCGGGUCCGAUGCCGUAAUCGUUCUAAAGCAAGAAUGUACUCCGCUGGACCAGCUCAAAGCGUGGACGCAGGCGCUUUUGCUGGCUCGCAAGGGAACCAUAGACUGUAAGCCCAAAGAUGCUGAGCAUGACACAUCAGGCAGGCGACAGGCUGAGCUCAGAUUCGCCUUGGAGGAAGCGCAAAAGUUGUUCAAUACGUACGAAACAAGACUACGGGAUGCUGGAUGGGAUCUGGAUGUCGCUGUCCUAGAAACACGGCCCGGCGUGCGGAUACAGAUUGAAACGAAGAAGACAGUGUGA